AUGCAAGACAUGGCCGGCGGCUCCGACGGCCUGCAGCUCCCGCCGCUCCGUGACCUCUCGCGACGGGCCGCGUCCUUCCUGCGCAUGGCGCGGCUGGCGCUCACCGGCGCCGCCACUCCGGCACAACUGCUCGCCGGAGAGGAGGUCGGCGGCGGCCUCAGCUGCAACCCGUACUACAAGAGCGUGAGCACGGAGGACGACUGGGAAUCUGAGAUCUGGCCGGAGGAGGACGAAUCGGAGCUGCUCGUGGACGAUGAGGACGAGGGGUCAACGACGAGAGGUGCGUCUGGGAGUAGCACUCUGGUCGGAGGCGGUGCCGGUGGUCCGCUGAACAAGAAGUUUCAGUUCAGGCACCGGUCUGCAACAACACCCGGCGCACAUGUAACGGCCGCGGAGCCGGAAGAGGAGCCGUCGGAGCCGUUGAUGACGCGCCGAGCCACGAAACGGGUGAACGAUGCCGUGGCGGUUGAUCACCCGUUCGGAUGCGAUCGUCAAGGCAGGGAGUCGUCGUCGCUGUUGCUUGUUUCUUCCUAG